UCCGGCGGAAGUUGCUUGUUCAUUAGACUAUUUUUCAAAGAUGGCACUUGCUAGUGUGUUGAGCCGUGAUUGUGCGAAUUUUUCUUUUGAUAAUUGUCAAACUUCUGACUUUGGAUGCGGACCGGAACAGAGCGGCCUGGGGUUAGACGCCACGCCGGGAGACGGCCUCAGUUUCUCAGUUAGAAACCCUCUGUGUGGCGGAGACGAGGACGGCGUCGAGAGGAAAAUAGAGUUCCUGCAUGGGACCACUACAUUGGCUUUUAAAUUCCAGCAUGGCGUCAUUGUCGCGGUGGACUCUCGGGCCACAGCGGGUGCCUACAUCGCCUCGCAGACGGUUAAGAAGGUGAUUGAGAUCAACCCCUACCUGCUGGGCACCAUGGCCGGCGGAGCCGCCGACUGUAGCUUCUGGGAGCGCCUGCUUGCCCGCCAGUGCCGCAUCUACGAGCUCCGCAACAAGGAGCGCAUCUCUGUGGCGGCGGCCUCCAAGCUGCUCGCCAACAUGGUGUACCAGUACAAGGGCAUGGGACUCAGCAUGGGAACCAUGGUGUGCGGCUGGGACAAGAGAGGCCCAGGGCUCUACUACGUCGACUCCGAGGGCAACCGCGUGUGCGGCGACCUGUUUGCCGUGGGCUCGGGCUCCAUGUACGCCUAUGGCGUGAUUGACAGCGGCCUGCGGCAGGACCUGACUGUGGAGGAGGCCUGCGAGCUGGGGCGCCGCGCCAUCUACCAGGCCACGUUCCGCGACGCCUACAGCGGGGGGCAGGUCAACCUGUACCACGUCCACAGCGACGGGUGGACCCGGGUGUCUCAGGAAGACGUGCUCAUGCUGCACCAUCAGUACAAGGGUCAGGCUUAGUCGUGUGUAUUGGGGGCACAGCGGGGACCAGGAAGUGGGAGGGGACUGGGGAGGGUCGGGAGUUUCUACUAUGUUUAGGAUGUUCUAAAAUGUCAGUAUGGUUUGACACAUGAAUAAAAAAGGAAAAAGACUCACCUGUCCUUUGAUUUCCACUUGUAUUACUUGUCGCUAGCUUCAUAUUGUACGUUUCAGACGGUGCCAGAGAGCACGCUCCUCCUGCACGGAGGGACAUUUCGGGGGCUGGCGCGCUUUGAUGCAGCGUGGGAGUAACGUGCUGUGCGCUAUGCAUACAUUUAACUUGGACCCUACACUGGCAAAUGAUCAACAAUAAAUCCUGUAGUGUUUCUUUUUUUCCCCCCUACCAAGAGUAGUGUUU